AUGGGGGGAAAGCGAGACGCCAUCCUGGAGGGGCUGGAGAACUUGACCGCGGAUGAGUCGAAGAAGUUCAAGCUGAAGCUGGGGGCGGCGCGGCUGCGCCAGGGCUUUCGGAACAUCCCGCGGGGGGUGCUCGGGCCGCUAGACACCGUGGACCUCACUGACAAGCUGGUCGCCUUCUACUGCGAGGAGUACCGCGCCGAGCUCACGGCAGUCGUACUGCGUGACACGGGCAUGCAGGAGGAGGCGACGCGGCUUCAGGGGGCUACGUGA